AUGGCCACCCCAAAUACCCUUGAGCUAGGCACCGUCCUUGUCACAGGCGGCUGCGGCUUCCUGGGCAGUCACAUUGUCGACCAGCUCCUGAAUUUCCCCUCCGAAGCCAGCUCCGGCUGCAACAGCAGUGAAAAGAAUCGAACAAUCCCAAGCCCCGUCCGUAAAGCCAACGGCGAGACAGACACCCGCUUCGCCGUCCCUUCGCUCGCGGGCCGCUACCCAUCCUACAAAAACACAAAGGUCUGCGUCCUCGACCUGCGCACGGUGCACAACCGCUACCCCGGCGCAGAGUACUACGAGGCAGACAUCAUGUCCACCGAGCAACUGCUGGAGGUGUUCCGGAAGGUGAAGCCGGAUGUUGUGAUCCAUACCGUCUCGCCGCCGCCGAUGCAGUCGACGCCAGAAUUAUUGUAUCGGAUUAAUGUGGAUGGGACGAGGAAUGUGCUGGAGGUUGCUGGGGGGCUGAAGGGGGAGUGGGGUGGGGUGUGUAAGGCGUUUGUGUACACGAGCUCGUCGUCCGUGGUGCAUGAUUGUCAUAGUGAUUUGAUUCGGGCGGAUGAGAGGUGGCCGUUGAUUACGGGGAAGUUGCAGUAUGAGUAUUAUACGGAGACGAAGGCCCAAGGCGAAACCCUGGUUCUGAACUUCAACAAAACCUCCCCAACAGGAAUGCUGACUACCUCCAUCCGCCCCGCCGGCAUUUACGGCGAGCGCGACACAACCGUCACAAAGGGCCUGACCGACCACGCCCGCAAAUCCUCCCCCUUCGUCCUCCGCUUCCAGCUCGGCGACAACGACAACCUCUUCGACUUCACCUACGCGGGCAAUGUCGCCUACGCCCACAUGCUCGCAGCGCAGUGCCUCCUGGCCACAUUCAAACGUCUAGAAUCCGGCGGCGCAGCGCCGCUGGACCACGAGCGCGUCGAUGGCGAGGCGUUCAACGUCACCAACGACAGCCCCGUGUACUUCUGGGAUAUGGCGCGGAGCAUCUGGGCGCUGAUGGGCAAGGUCGUUGAGCCGGAGAAGGCGAUUGCGCUGCCUGAAGGGGCGCUGACGGUUAUUGGGGGACUGUUGGAGAUGGUGUUUGGGCUGUUUGGGAAGAAGCCGCGGAUGUCGAGGAAGGAGGUGCGGUUUUCGUGUAUGACGCGGUAUUAUUCGUGUGAGAAGGCGAAGAGGCGGAUCGGGUAUGUGCCUGUUGUGCCGUUGGAGGAGGGGGUGGUGAGGUCUGUGGGGACGGUUUUGGAGAAGGAGCAGGGGGUUGAGGCGAAGAAGGAGUUGUAG